CGCCCGCUGAGUCCGGGUUCAGUGAAGACGCCCUUAGCAACAACAUACAGCUGCGACGAAUAAGAUACUCGUGUCACACAGAAGAAGGAUUUAACAGUGCAGCUUCACCGUACUGUCUUUGGCGAAGUUUCUUUAUGCGAAGGAGCGCCUCCGUUUGUUCCAACUGCAAACAUGGGACAUGAGAACAGCUAGUGAGCUAGCCUGCUCCGGCUAGCCAUCACCGAAGAAGAGCCAAGCUGUGCCCCGAAGGAGGACACAUCCCGGGGCUUCGACGACUGGUAGCACCGCUGUUCGCUAACUACCAAGUCAGCUAACCGGGAAUAAUCAACGGGAAUGGUGCUCUGGACCGACUCAUUAAACCGUCACAGAGAGGCGAGGGGCACACGGGUCAGAGCACCACGGUGUAAUAUUUGGACUCAAACUAUUUUUAACCGAGGGAGCGGCUCUCGGCCGGACGGCUGUGUUUGUGGCGAGUGUAAGAGCUAGCUGGCUAACUAGCCAAAGGAAACGACCCCCACCGCCUGCCCAGGUCCUUCAACGGCUCGCCGAGGCCAGCGUUAGUCCCACUCAGUGUGGCAGAAAACACGACUGUGUUUGUUUUUUAAUAAAAGAAGAAUAGAUCAUUGUGGAAGAAGGUAGUUAAAGAGAAAGUACCCCGAGUUCCGUCGAAACCACAACUCAAGGCUACCUGGACUCUACUUACCCUAAAAAACUAUAAGUUUUUUAAUGCUACUAGCUAAGUGUGCUACGUGAGUUUUUCACUUUUUUACUUUGGAUUUUUUUCUUUGAUGCCGGCAUCACACAUUAACUGCAAUCAUGAUGAUAAUAAGCAGAAAACCAGAGGGCCCAAUAGCAACAGCGCGCCAUGGUGACGGUCUCUAUGACUCGUACAUGAGGACAGACCACAUCCUUAAAGACGACACAGAUACAAACAGUCCGUCUGGGCUGCCCCCAAUGCCUAAACACACAGUUGUCAGUAACAAGGCUGUCAUGAGGGAUCAGGUGGCUGUGCGAGGUGGCCAGUUGAAGGUCAAGUACCUGUAUGAAGACUCAACCAACAACCGAAAGAUCAAUGCCAUAGCCACAGCCACCACCCAGAACAGUGGGACCACCGGCCAGACGCCAAGUAAAUCUGCCCCUGUCUCCAGCCUGUCCAAGGAGCACAGUGUAGACAGCACUGAAUCCAGUAAGGGCUCCAGCGAAUCCUCUGGUCCUCACGGAGGCAACAGUGGCAAGAUGUGCGGUCCUCUCACUCCUGACCAGGCCCUGAGACUCUACCGAUCUCAGCUUACCUCCCUGGAGCAGACGGAGAUCCACUCCUACCCAGACGUCUACUUUGUGGGACCCAAUGCCAAAAAGAGACCUGCCAUUGCUGCAGGCAACAACAACUGUGGCUAUGAUGAUGAGCAGGGUGGUUACAUUAACGUCCCCCAUGACCACCUGGCUUACCGCUAUGAGUUCCUCAAGAUUAUUGGCAAGGGUAGCUUUGGUCAGGUGGCUAAAGUGUACGACCACAAACUGCAGCAACACCUGGCGUUGAAAAUGGUGCGUAACGAGAAGCGUUUCCACCGGCAGGCGCAGGAGGAAAUCCGCAUACUGGAGCACCUGCGCAAGCAGGAUCGUAAUGGCAACAUGAAUGUUGUGCACAUGCUUGAAAACUUCACCUUCCGUAACCACAUCUGUAUGACCUUUGAGCUGCUGAGCAUGAACCUGUACGAGCUCAUCAAACGCAACAAGUUCCAGGGCUUCAGUCUGCCGCUGGUCAGGAAGUUUGCACACUCCAUCCUGCAGUGCCUGGAGGCUCUCAGCAGACACAGAAUAAUCCACUGUGACUUAAAGCCGGAGAACAUCCUCCUCAAACAGCAGGGGCGUAGUGGCAUCAAGGUGAUUGACUUUGGCUCCAGCUGUUUUGAGCACCAGCGGGUGUACACCUACAUCCAGUCUCGUUUCUAUCGAGCUCCAGAGGUGAUCCUUGGUUCGCGGUACGGCCUACCUAUCGACAUGUGGAGCUUCGGCUGCAUACUGGCUGAGCUGCUGACUGGCUACCCGUUGUUCCCCGGCGAGGAUGAGGGCGACCAGCUGGCCUGUGUCAUGGAGCUACUGGGCAUGCCUCCGCAGAAGAUCCUAGAGCAGGCCAAGAGAGCCAAGAACUUUAUCAACUCUAAAGGUCACCCCCGCUACUGUGGAGCCAACACCCUGCCGACCGGGGCCACUGUCCUGACGGGGUCUCGCUCUCGUCGUGGUAAGAUGAGAGGCCCUCCAGGUAGCAAGGAGUGGAGCGCUGCGCUCAAGGGCUGUGAGGACCCCACCUUUACUGACUUCAUAAAGAAGUGUUUGGACUGGGACCCUUCAUCUCGCCUCACCCCCAGUCUGGCCCUCAGACACCCUUGGCUGUAUCGCAGGCUUCCCAAACCUGUACCUGGGACCGAGAAGAGCCAAGGGGCUCCUGUGAAGCGACUCCCAGAGCACCACAGCACCUCCUUCCCCUCUAUCCUGGCCAAAGGGGGGCCUGGCUUAGGCACCGCAGCUGCCAACAACAAACUGAGGAGCAACAUGAUGGGAGAUUCAGGGGAGGCCAUACCUCUGCGUACGGUCCUACCCAAACUUGUCUCUUAGAGAGAGAGAGAGAGAGAGAGAGAGAGAGUCCUCUUAUCUCCUCUCUCUCCCUCCACUUUCUCCUGCUCUGCACUCCUCAGGAGGAGACAGAGUACAGGAGGCAGCGGAGUCUAGUUUUUAAAACUUGUUUGGUUGUUCUUUUAUUUGUUUUCUACUGAGAGGUGUCGACACCCCCAGUUCUUGGUUUUUAACAUUAGCUGAUCAGCGAGAGAUAAUAAACUCACUCUAAGAAGUUUUUAUACGGAGGAUUUCCUUGAGCGGCUGUGGAUUUUAUGUAUACAGCCCAUUACUGAGGUUUGAUUUUAGAUUAUGCUUUUUAAAAACUUCCUCGUGUGAGUGGACAGCUUCGUAAGUGGAAAGAAAAAUAACCUGUUUAACCUGUGUGUGUGAUGUCACGUAAGGGUUGUGUUUUAGCAGAACACACUCAAGCACACCUGCACUGUCACUUGCCUCACCCCACACUCUUAACACUUAUUGGACGCCCCCCUUUUCUGGGGAAAGUGUUUAUAUGAGUGAAACUUGAAAAGGGCUGCAGAGAUUACUCUUACCAAGUUAAAGAUGGCGAGAAAAUGUGCUCAGAAUAAUUAAAUAGAAGAAAAAAAGAGUCACGCUCUAGUAUUUGGGCCUUGCAAACACUGACACAUAUUAAUCCUUGUUUAUACGACAGAAAUGACUUCAUACAGGUAAUUCAGAAUCGGUUUUAUGCAAAGAAUGAUUAAGAAAACUUUACUAGCAAUAAGUCUUCAUUUCCUCCGCCUCCAUCUUAUUCUCUUUUUCCCCUGCCCGUCCUGAUCCCUGGUGCUUGCAUGUCAGCUCAGUAUGUGACAGUAAAAUGUGUUUGCUUUAGCUCUGUGGUGCUACUGUGGGAGACAUCAAGAGGACAUAGGACAACCUAUUUACAGCCCCCUCUUCCUCCUCCCAUACGGGUGCAAAAAAAAAAAGAAAAAAAGGAGGGCGAGGAGACGGCAGCACCACUCAAACUCUGUCACAAGGGUGUCACCAGAAUGUCAUCUGCCCAAGGCCGUUAUAGGCCGCUGUGGUUGUUGGCAGUGGAGGUCCUAAUGGAAGAAUGGUGCGAGGUGAGAACGAACAUGGGGUAAAUACGAGGGGCGGUAUGUUUAAAAUGAGCCAGGGUUACCUUACCUCUGUGGGAACUGCAGAAGAAGAGCCAGUGACAAAGAGUUUUUAAUGGUACCGAAGGAAGAAAGAAGGAAGUGUUUCUCAGGGAGACAUACUUGAUACAUCCCUUAAUCUCACAUUUACUGUGUUUCACUGGCAGUUAUCUGUCCCAACCAUGGAUGAACAUGCAUGCAGUUCUGUCCACUGACGAGCGAGAGAUUGCAUUCACGAGUGAGUCCGCAAAGGGGGUCUGCAUGCUCCACUGUCUGACCUAGAUUCUCUCUCCUCCCCCACUAUCUCUCUGUCUCAUAUAGACCAGGGAAACCUCUCUAACACUCACACAUAUAUAGUGAAUUAUGGUGCUGUCCAAAACACAAACACACAAAAACACGUCAGGUGCAUGUUGGUAAGGACCACACUGCUCAAAGAGUUCUUUCUCUUGUCCCUCAUUUUUUAAAUAGAACCGUCAGGGAUUUCUACUCUGUCUCCAUUUUUAUAAUGGGAGUGGUUUCUAUUGCUUCAGAAUAUCAGAGGAUGUGAAAUGCUACAGUGGAAAAAAAGAGGAAGUCAUAUACUGUCAUGUUGUGUGAGUUAGUAGGAGGGUUUUUGGUGUUAGGCAUGAAAUCACCACCUGUUAUCAGACCGAGUGACUAUGAGAAGAGAAACUGUACAGUAAUCAAAUGAAGUUGUGAUAGUUUCUUUUUCUAUAAAAAAAAUAAAAAUGACUAUUAAGUGA